AUGGCGGGUCAGGGGCUGUGUUCUCUGGCGCACGAGCGUGUUUCAAUGUCUUCCAGAAGACCCACACGCGCUACCUACUUUGUUGAUGCUGGCGUCCCGCCGCCGCCCUACAGCCCGUCCCGCAUCGCAGGCCAUCCAUCUGCCUGCACACAGCCAGCUCUGUUCUCUCCGCUCACCGCCCCAGCGCCCACGACACGCACGAUCCUGUCGCAGAUCCCCUGCAGCGUUCCGCGGGCACCACGACUGCCGGGUAGUGGCAUUGUUCGCUCAUCUGUGCGACGGACAGCCCGCUCGGAGCAGCAAUCACCACCACGACGCACCCAGCUGCCUGCCCAGCUCCCACCCGCCCACGCAGCUGCUCACCGCCCACAGCGCCCGCACGCCCACACACCCACCUGCUCCACCAUGAGCUGA